UAAAGCAUCCAUUCCCUAAGUAUUAAAAGUGUUGCAGUACUGUACAAUGUUUUAUAUUCAAUAUAUUUUAAAAUAUAUAUUAAAUAAUUUAAUAUAUUAACAGUUAAUAUUUACCAAAAUAUAUUUUCAUUGCGUAAGGCAUUACAUGUAAAAAAUGGAUGUGUUAAUGAUGUCAAUGUUCACUUGCAGCAUUUCCAACAGAUCCUGUGAUACCCAGAAUAAAACAUUUCACAGCAAACCAAGAACAAUCGCUCAACUGCACAGUCCACAACAUUUACCCCUUGCACAUGUUUAUAAUUCAGUGGCUUCGUGGAAAUAAGACUAUUUAUACAGAUAACCCAGUUGAAAUAUCUGACAAUGAAAAUGUUCAGAAUUAUUCCUCUGUGAUCAGUUACACUCCUUCUGUCAAUGAUCUGGGCAAGAAUUUGAGUUGCAAGGCAACACUCAAUCUUAGUCUUUCAGACAGACUGAGUCGUACAACAACUGUAUAGAGCGAAAAUUGUGCCUAAACUUAACAAACAAAUCCAGCGUUUUGCAAACAAACGCAACCUUUUUUGCAAAAGAAACUAAACUCUGAAACAAACUGAAAGCGUUUUACAAAUACAUAAUGCAAUUCGAGAGAAAAUGCAAAGGUGUAACAUAUAAAUGUACUGUGAUUAAGUCUCACCUUUUUAUGAGAUUCUCUCAGCUUGAUUUUCUCACAAAUGUGACCAUGCAAUGUUAAAUACUUUUUAUCUAUGAGUUGUUAUGUAUAAAAGUCAAACAUAUGUAUCAGUGCAACUUUCAUGCAGAAAAAUCACUAAAAACGGAGUCGCAUCUCAGAAAGAGCGCAAAAUACUAUACUGAAAUCUUACAAAAAAUUGACAUAUAAAAAUAUAAAUAAAUAUAAAUCAGGCCCGGUUCCUGCCAGGUGCAGAAGUGUGGACUAGCAGAUAUCCUGGGUGGGGAUAUUGAAGUUCUGUACAUACAAAAAUCCACAUUGAACAGUCCUGAUAUUGUUUGUGUGACACACUCAGGUGGUCUACUCUCAUGUUAAAGUGGAAUGAGUCUGUGCAAUCGGACAGUUUUCUUUAAAAUAUGAUCUGAAGUUAAAGAAAUAAUAAUACAUAUAGGCCAUUUUGAAGUUCUGUACAUUACAAAAUCCACAUUGAACAGUCCUGAUAUUGUUUAGGUGACACACUGAGGUGGGAUAAGAGUGUUGUAAGAAAUAUAAAAACUGCCUAGCAGUUUAAAAACAUCUCAAAAAAGCCUAGCAACCACCUAGCAACAUAACUGUCAAUCUUUCCCGUUUGGCCUGGUUUAAAGCCUUUAAUUGUAGUGCAAUUGAGGUUCUUUUUUCAAUACCAUACAUCGUUUUAUGGGUAAAAUUAUAUAUAAAUAUAUUUAAUUUUCUAAAUGCAUUUGUAUUUUAAUUAAUUCACAAUCGACAGAUUGAAACCAGGUUCGAAAUAGAUCGCUUUAUUUUGAAAUCCAAAAAGCCGCUUUUACCGUAAUGUACAGUAUAUGCGCACAUAACAAAACCGAGUGAGGGCUAGUUUGACUGUCGUUUUCGAAAUGGCGGCUGGCUUGACCGCAGUGAAAUACUGGGGCGGCUAGAUUGACCGCAGUCCGAUUCGGUAGGUUUCGCUAUCCCAAAAAAUAGGCCCUAGAAGUGCAGUCCUUGGAAUUGCGGCCUCCAGUAUUGCAGUCGGAUAAUAUUGGAUUAUUUUGCGCAGAACGAUCGGAGUCAGAUUUCGAAAUACCGCGAAACAAGACAGCUUCCGUAUGCGCUCAAGUCUCUCUCGCGGUACUUUGUUGUCAAAUGACAACAGACUUGCGCAGCGUGACGAACAUUUGCACAGCCAGUGAUCCUUCCGUCUGGACUUAAAGCCCCGAAACUGAGAUGGGUGUUGCCAUGUGCCCUGUUUGCCUAAAGCAAUAUUCUCAGCUCAGUCAGCAUCUAAGGGUGUUUCACCGUGUUGUCAAUGGAGAGGAAAGGAGGCUCCUUUUGGCCCUGGAGUCUGGCAGGAUCGAAUACCGUGUGGGACAUUGCCCUGUCCUAGGGUGCGGUAAAGACACUACGAGGCUGGACCGGCACCUAAAAUGCCACACUGAGCUAUCGAAGAAGGCUUACCACAAUACUGUGGAUGAGGUCAAAAAGAAUAAAAUCAUGGCACACCUGGCUAACCUCAGGGCGUCAAACCCCAAGCCCCCAAUGGCAACAGUCUUGGACCUGCAGGAGUUUGAGGUCAAAGAGGAGGUAGUGGAAAUGCCAAAAGAUCUUUUAGUGCAGGAGGAGCUGUGCUGCCUGGAGAGCUGUCGACGUAAAAAACUCCAGCUGAAAUCCAAGAUAGCUGACCUCAACGAACAGAUUGAAACCCUUGCUGCCGCCCUGUGUGAAGUCACCCGGCGUUACAGAGUCCUGAAACGGCAGUGCAUUCGGAAGGCUUCCAAGGCUGUUUCGGACAAUGCUUCGCCACUGCCCCCUAACCCCCAGCACUUUUCUUUGCUUCAGUCCUUUGACCACCCGGACCCAAGGAGCUCCCCCCACCUUCCCAAUAGUGUGCCGGCACUGAAUGAGCACAAUGGGAGUCCUGAUCCCAAAGAGACGCCGGGAAAAAACAUGGAUGGGAAGAUGACCAAUUGUCUUGUCAACAUGGCAGAGGAUAAUUUAAACCUCCCCACUGUUCCACACACUUCACAAGGCUUGGUGAUGCUGAGACCAUUGAAUCAACUUAAGCUGCUCAGUUCUCACCACCCCUGUGUGCAAGUGAGCACCAUCAAGACAUCACAAGCCAGGAGACACUUGGUUGCUAAGCCAUACACGCUGGCAGGCCAGGUCAGAGCUAAGAAGGCCAGAGUCAAAAUAGAAAAAGCUCUCAACAUGCGCCGGGCUCUCUUGAUGAAAUGAGUGUGUUUCUGUUAUCACACACUUUGACUUGCUGGACGUUUGAGCACUUACUGUACCUGCUUUUUUUCUCGUUUCUUUUUGUUGCCUUGUUCAUCAGUAUUUUCUAAUGUUUUUUUUCCUAUGUUUCUUCAUUUUUAAUCAGGUAACUGUGUGACGGGUCUAUUCAUAAGCUUUUCAAUGCGUUAAUAUUGUGAUCAUGUUUCAGUAUUUUGGUUUUAUAGUCAGUUUUGAAAUUUUUUUGAAGGUGUUUAGUUAUAUUAGAAGUAAAGAGAAAAGCUGGACUACCACAUACUGAACAAUUUUCUUGUCUUUUCUUGUCAAUUUUAACAAUCUUAAAAUUGUUUACAUUAAAAACGAG